UGGAGCCGCCAAGAUGGAGCCGGCAGCCGGCGUCCCCGGCCCGCUGAUCAUGAACAACAAGCAGCCCCAGCCGCCGCCACCGCCGCCCCCCGCAGCCGCGCAGCCUCCCCCCGGGGCCCCGCGGGCCGGCGGGGGCCUCCUGCCCGGGGGCAAAGCCCGGGAGUUCAACCGCAACCAGCGCAAAGACUCGGAGGGCUAUUCUGAGUCGCCAGAUCUCGAGUUUGAAUAUGCUGACACAGACAAGUGGGCUGCAGAGCUCUCAGAGCUUUACAGCUACACGGAAGGGCCAGAAUUCCUGAUGAAUCGAAAAUGCUUUGAGGAGGACUUCCGGAUCCAUGUGACAGAUAAGAAAUGGACCGAGCUGGAUACUAACCAGCACCGUACUCAUGCCAUGAGGCUCCUGGAUGGCUUGGAAGUCACUGCCAGGGAGAAAAGACUCAAGGUGGCUCGAGCAAUUCUCUACGUUGCCCAAGGCACCUUUGGAGAGUGUAGCUCGGAGGCAGAGGUGCAGUCCUGGAUGCGCUACAACAUCUUUCUGCUCCUGGAGGUGGGCACGUUCAAUGCUUUGGUGGAACUUCUGAACAUGGAAAUAGACAAUAGUGCCGCCUGCAGCAGCGCAGUGAGGAAGCCGGCCAUCUCCUUGGCUGACAGCACAGACCUGAGGGUCCUGCUCAACAUCAUGUACCUGAUUGUGGAGACCGUUCACCAGGAAUGUGAGGGCGAUAAGGCUGAGUGGAGGACCAUGCGACAGACCUUCAGGGCUGAGCUGGGUUCCCCCCUGUACAACAAUGAACCAUUUGCCAUCAUGCUGUUUGGGAUGGUGACCAAAUUUUGCAGCGGCCAUGCCCCUCACUUCCCCAUGAAGAAAGUUCUCUUGCUGCUCUGGAAGACAGUGUUGUGCACACUGGGUGGCUUUGAGGAGCUGCAGAGCAUGAAGGCUGAGAAGCGGACCAUUCUGGGCCUCCCUCCGUUGCCUGAGGACAGCAUCAAGGUGAUCCGUAACAUGAGGGCUGCCUCUCCGCCGGCGUCUGCCUCAGACUUGAUUGAGCAGCAGCAAAAGCGGGGCCGUCGGGAGCACAAGGCGCUGAUAAAACAGGACAACUUGGACGCCUUCAACGAGCGGGAUCCCUACAAGGCUGAUGACUCUCGAGAAGAGGAAGAGGAGAAUGAUGAUGACAACAGUCUGGAGGGGGAGACAUUCCCCCUUGAACGGGAUGAAGUGAUGCCUCCCCCACUGCAGCACCCACAGACUGACAGGCUCACCUGCCCAAAGGGGCUUCCAUGGGCUCCCAAGGUCAGAGAGAAAGACAUUGAGAUGUUCCUCGAGUCCAGCCGUAGCAAGUUUAUAGGUUACACUUUAGGCAGUGACACCAACACAGUGGUGGGGCUGCCCAGGCCAAUCCACGAGAGCAUCAAGACUCUGAAACAGCACAAGUACACAUCGAUUGCAGAGGUCCAGGCGCAGAUGGAGGAGGAGUACCUUCGCUCUCCUCUCUCAGGGGGAGAAGAGGAAGUUGAGCAAGUACCUGCAGAAACCCUCUACCAAGGCUUGCUUCCCAGCCUGCCUCAGUACAUGAUCGCACUGCUGAAGAUCCUGCUGGCUGCAGCCCCCACCUCAAAGGCCAAAACAGACUCAAUCAACAUCUUAGCCGAUGUCCUGCCUGAGGAGAUGCCCACCACAGUGUUGCAGAGCAUGAAGCUGGGGGUGGACGUGAACCGCCACAAAGAGGUCAUUGUUAAGGCCAUUUCUGCUGUCCUGCUGUUGCUGCUCAAGCAUUUUAAGUUGAACCACGUCUACCAGUUUGAAUACAUGGCCCAGCACCUGGUGUUUGCCAACUGCAUCCCUCUGAUCCUAAAGUUCUUCAAUCAAAACAUCAUGUCCUACAUCACUGCCAAGAACAGCAUUUCUGUCCUGGAUUACCCUCACUGCGUGGUGCAUGAGCUACCAGAGCUGACCGCUGAGAGUCUGGAGGCAGGUGACAAUAACCAGUUUUGCUGGAGGAACCUCUUUUCUUGUAUCAAUCUGCUUCGGAUCUUGAACAAGCUGACAAAAUGGAAGCAUUCGAGGACCAUGAUGCUGGUGGUGUUCAAGUCGGCCCCCAUCCUGAAGCGGGCCCUGAAGGUGAAGCAGGCCAUGAUGCAGCUCUACGUGCUGAAGCUGCUUAAGGUGCAGACCAAGUACCUGGGACGGCAGUGGCGGAAGAGCAACAUGAAGACCAUGUCUGCCAUCUACCAGAAGGUGCGGCAUCGGCUGAACGAUGACUGGGCGUACGGCAACGAUCUUGAUGCCCGGCCUUGGGACUUCCAAGCAGAGGAAUGUGCCCUCCGUGCCAAUAUUGAACGCUUCAACGCCCGGCGGUAUGACCGGGCCCAUAGCAACCCGGACUUCCUACCUGUGGACAACUGCCUGCAGAGUGUCCUGGGCCAGCGGGUGGACCUCCCCGAGGACUUCCAGAUGAACUAUGACCUCUGGUUAGAAAGGGAGGUCUUCUCCAAGCCCAUUUCCUGGGAGGAGCUGCUGCAGUGAGGCUCCUGGGCUAGGGUACUGAGAAGGAAAGAAGGGGUGACCUGGAGGUGCCCCAGAGGCUGUUCAUUGCUGCAGUGCUCCCACAUCCCUCCAGGUGGCAGCACAGCCCCACCAUGCCCUGCCUUUGGUCCAGCUGGGCUUGUGAGGGAGGCCAGAUUUGGCCCCUCUUUGAUUGCCAGCGUCCUGCCCAGAGAGCCAUCUGCUCUCUGCUUGGGAUCCUCUUUUCCUCCACUCCUUCCCACUUUCUUCUCUUGGACACGGUUGGUUGCAGCUCAUUUCUUUCAGCCCAAGGCUGGGAAAAGCUGGGAUGGGCUGGGAAGCCAUUGCAUCUGAAUUGCAGGGGUCACGCUGACUCUUCCCGAGACACAAAUCCUUGGUGUGUCAGCUUGCCAAGGAGGAAGGCCAGGGCCAGAAAGUCAGAAUCUUGGUUUUGCUUUGAGGGGUUUCUCAUGUCAUUCCAGCCUCCUGCUAAGUUUCAUCCAGAAGCAAUUGCAGAGGCUCCUACAGAUGUUUCAGUGCUUUGAUUUUGGACAGGCUUAGGGGUUAGGAAGAGAAGCUUCCCUUAACCAGGGGUGCCAUUUUUCCUCUUGGUUUGCAAGGGUCUGUAAAUACCUAUAUAUAAAUUUCUGUGUAUUCUCUUGUGUCACGUUGGGGUUUUUAAUGUGUUUGUGUAUUCUGUUUACAUUAAAAGGAAGCAAAACCAA